AGCCACAUCAGCGGCUCAACCUCCAGUCUACGUGUGGUCUGUAAGUUCAAUUCCUGAAACGCCGGUCUUGCCGGCAGAGUAUCACCGGAACCGUCGUCAGGCGGCUGCAUGUCUGAGAAACAAGCUUUGGGAGAUACAGCUGCAGAAGCCUCCAGCUACGAUGCAACAUCACAAGCUGCAGUACAAGGAGCUGGCGAGGCUGAGGUGAGCCGCUUCUUCCCCAUGCAGCCUUUCUGGUUCCUAGAAGAGCUCUUCCCCACGAAUUACAAGUAUUUGCCAACAUACGUCCGUGUGGUGCACAGUGGGGAGCACUUGGUGCUCCUCACAGGCACCAUCGCCAAUCUAUUUCUGAUGACAAAGCUCUUCUUGUCCUACCAGUAUUGGAAUGAAGAGAUGCACCACGCGGGCGAAUUCAUAGUAGUCUUGCUCUCCUUUAUCUUCGGCCUUGUGAGCUUGCAGCUGCUAAGCACGGAGCUGGUUCAGUACAGCGUGGACUUGCACGUGAAGUCGACCGAGGCGCAGAAAAGCAAAGAUGAGAUGGUUGCCACGUUCCACACCGCCGUGGCAGAUUUGGAUACCAUGCUGGUCACCUCUGCGGACACGCAGGCAGCCUUGGCUGAGCGCAGCCUUGAUUCUCACAGGCGCGACCUGUCCAACCUUCUCCUGAAGGGUUUGCCCUCCAAGCUGCGUGCCGUAGACCUCCAGCAGUUCCUCGCCUUCGUGCGGCAAUACCUCAAGAUCUUCGAGGAGUGCUCCGCGGACCCUGUAGAGCACCCCUUCUUUCUGGUGGAUUAUGCGGAGCUGGAAGGCGCUUCUCCAGAGGAGUUAGCAGAGAAGGUGGGGAAGAAGGCCAAGACCAAGGAGGUGAAGUUCUUGAGCAAGCACGUGGCAGCGGAGACCAAGAAAGCGUCGGCCAUGCGCCAAUCUUGGAAGAGGGUCACCUACGUCCCACGGAAGGUCAUGAAGUGGACGGGCAUGUCAAAGAUGAUCAAGAAGAAGCCGAAGCAAGCGCCUAGCCCUGCCCUCGAUGACGAAGAGUUCGGAAGCUUCCGCAAAGAGUCCUUCAACAAGAACCAGGAGGUGAUGUGGCUCCGAUGGGGUCUCGGCUACGGGUUUGGCAUUGAGAUCGAGGAGUCCGCGCCCUUUCCCUUCAACGUCAAGGGGGGGUUCUUCUUGUGCACAGUUCUGUCUCCAGAGCAUUUCAAGUUACUGAUCAGCUUUUUCCUUGGCAUCCCGCUCUUGCUGCUCAACGUCUUCUGGGUAAAGCCCUGCAGCUACGUGAUCCUGUGCUCCAUGGUGGUGACUUUAGCCUGCAUCGCAGUGGUGCUCUAUGAUUUUCUGGACAUCGACGCAAUUCAGCGCAUGGAAGUUCAGAUCAAAGAGAUGCAAGCUGCGGUGGCUGCUGUCGAGGAGCGUCGCCAGAGCACGUUGGAGUUCUUCAACCGGAUCAAUCGCCUGGCAGGCUUCUGGCUGCACCGCACGCUGCCCAGACUCGAGCUGAUGAAGAUCUGCGGGGACGCCUUGGAAGACGCGCCUCGGCCAAGUCACGUGUCCGAGCUCGAAGAGUCGUUGCUGCCGGUGUCGUGCUGGCAGUCCGACUUGCCAGAGGAGGCGAAGAAGAAGACCUCCGCGGCGCUGUCCAAGUUGACGUCGCGCUCUGCGCUGGAAGCGCUGGAGCUGGUGCCUCAAGUCGCGCAGGAACUCCAGCUCUGCAAGGCCAAGUUUCAAGCUUGAGAUGGACAUUUUCUCGCCCGGAUGACGCGAGGG